AUGACAGGACUACGCCACCUAUUGGCUCCAUCGCAUCUACCACACGCCGUUCCUUUACAAGCACUUCCACAAGCUACACCACAAGUACAAGCAGCCAACGGCGUUCUCCGUCACCGCCAUUCACCCAGUGGAGAUCAUGCACAUCCAAGUCACUCUGCUACUGCCCAUCUUCGUGGUGCCUACUCAUUUUGUACCAUUCUACGCCAUUGCACUCUACACAUACUAUCAUGGAAUUAUCGACCAUUCUGGUAUCAAUUUCAAGUCUUUCUGGUGGCAGCCCUGGCAACCGGAUGCUAUUUUCCAUGA